AUGUCUUUGCAUGUCUUAUUUGAAUAGUCCAAUACCAUCAAAGAACAAAAAGAAACCAUUUAUAUAGAAGAAGAGCAAGAAAGUACUUUCUACCACCAGAAACAUUUCUUCGACCUCUAUCAUAACUUUAAUGGAGAGUUGGUAGUAGGUAAGAUUAAAAUUGAUGCUUAAUUGCUAAAAAGGCCUCACUGCAUAGAAUUCACAAAUUAACUUAGAGAUAUUGCUGCAACAAUGCACUAGAAUUUAGAUUUGGUUUGUGAUGAUAUUAUUAGGACUGAUAUUGUUUAUAAUUCUAAGAUUUCACUAGCUAAAACUAUCAAAUACUUAGUUAGAAAGGGAGGUAGGGUUGGAUACAGUUCACUUAUUAAUGCAUUAAACGCUAGCCAUAGCAGUGAUAUCCGCUCUGAGAUCAUCUAUGCUUUAGGCUAUAAAAUAAAAAAUGAGAAUGAGUUAGUAGAAGAGAGGAUUGUUUAAAUAAUCAAAGGAUUUAUUAAUGACGAUAUUAGUGCAGGCGCAAGAAGUUUCUUAGAUAUUCAGAUACGAAAUAAGCUUGAUACUGUUAGCAGUAAUUCUUGGAGAAUGUGUUAUGGUAAAAUAAAAGUAUCAGCUAAUCAUCCUAGAAAAGGUCCGGAAGCAGUUAUUACAAAAACUAAGUAAAAAGUUAAAGUUAGCUAUAAAAAUAAUCAAUCAGAGGAAGCAACUAUUCAAAUACUAAAUUUGGCUGACGCUUUAAAGAAUAGAAAUAAAAAAAUAAAAAUAAAUUACAAUACUGAGAAUCUGCCUACUGUCCCCGAUAAGGGUGGUGACAAUAGAUCAUUUUUUAGGGGUACUUAUGUCAAUGUAAAGAAUCUCCACGGAAUAGCAAUGAAUAAAGGGACAUUAUUAGCUGAUGAUAAAGACGUAUAUCUGGUAAGUAAAUUCAUAAGCAGCAGCUCGAAGUGGUUUGCUUCUGAUAUAAAUGAUUUUUUAAAUGGUAAUACUAUGUUUGGUAUUUUCAUAACUGAUCGCCUGAUUUCAUCUAUAUUUUGUAAAAUUUCAAAACAGUAAUAGCUGUGUAAUGGAGCAAUAGACAAGUUAAUGGUUUGCGUUAACACUCUUGAUGAUGUUAAAAAAAGAGUCUUAGGUUCAUCAGACUCAUCAAAAAUUGCUGCAAACAUAGCAAGUUGUGAAGGUUUAGCUAAGCAAUGGUAUUCCAGUGAGCCAUAUAUAGUAAAAAAUAUUGCUGACAAGCUUUUUAGAGAUGGGUUUGAAUAGGUAAAGACAGGUUGGUUUAGCUGGGAAUAUGUUUACUAUCCUUUUAAAAUCAAUGAAAUAAUAUCGUCUGAAAUAUCUGAAAUGAGGCUUGAUGCGGUUCAGGCCAUGUACAAUUGCGCAAUAAGAGAUAAAAGAGUCUUAACAAAAGAGAGACUCAAACAAAUGCAACUCUGCUUAAAUGAUUCGGAUGCUAAGUUUCGGGGAUUAAUAACAAAAACUUUAUGUCUGAUUGACAAUGAGCACAUAAAUUACAAAGCCUUAUUUUUAUUAAAUGUAUCUGAACUAGAGCGUAAUAUAAAUACUGAAAUUGCAGUUGCUUACAUAUAUAACCAAACAAAAGAUACUAAAAGAUGUAAAGAGCUAUUUGGUGAUGAAACAAUAAGGCUAAGGCUUAGUAAAUUACUAUAGCAUACUUCUUUGGAUAACUAAACCAAAGCAAAUUGUUGUGAGAUUAUUAAUACUUACCUUGAACAUGCUUUUAGUUAAGGGCUGAGUAAUGAGGAGCUCAAAAUUUACAAAGAUAUUAUUGAAAAUACAGGCACGAACAAAGAACUCAGAACUGAAGUUUUAAGGUCUAUACUACUGACUGCAGAAAAAGCCAAGGACUUACCUGGGCAAAUAGUCAAUGCUUUGGUUAAUAUUAUAGACAAUUUUGAUGAAAAGACUGCAAACUUGGUCGUUAUAACUCUCGGGAAGGUUUGUGAAAAUACACCUGUAAUAAAUCUUGAUAAAUUGUCCAUCAAGCUAUUGGAUGACCAAGUAGUAGUUGGUCAAAAAGGAGAUAUCGCAUUCGAGCAGCGUUCUAAGGAUAACCUUGCCUCUCCAUCUAUUUCAUCACUUGCCAGCAAGAUUUUUGUUGAUUCUCUAUAAAAAGAUGGCCAAAUCGCAGAAAGAGGACUUGCUCAUCUUGUAUCUGCUCUUGACAGCAAUGAUAAACAGACAAGAAUUUUAUCAGCAAAAGCCUUAUAUAUAGUAACAAGUCAUAAAGCAAUAAGCGAUUCUCUUUUAAUAAGAAUAAGGGAUUAUAUUGAAGAUAAGGUAGCUGAUGUUUCGACUUAUACUCUUCUAGCUUAUUCUAAAGGUUUAAAUAGGCUAGUACAUAAUAAAAUUUCUAUUUUUCCCAGUCAUAUUUAAUUUUUAUCCAAAGUGUAUGCUUUUGAAAAUCUAAGACUGGGAGAGCAAGAUUUCACUAAGCAGGUAAAUGAUAAUGUUUUAUCAGUAUUACUGCAUACAGCUGAUCAAUAGGAGUUUGAUGAAAGCGCCUUUAGUAUUUUUGAUCAUAUUUUGUUUGCUGAUGAAGGUAAUCAAACAAAAGCUGUUAAGAUACUUGAUAAGUAUACUUCUAGUAAGUAAAUAAUACCAACGAAUACUAUUGCAGCUCUUGAAAAUGUACUUGGUAUACCUGAAGUAUGUGAUAUGGCACUUAAAGUACUUGAAAAUGUUAUUCAGAGUGGCUAAAGAGUUAGCGAAAGGACUUUAUACAUAUUUAGGGAUAACCUUUAUUUAGCAGUAGAUGCAUAUUUAAGAUUAAAAUCAUUUAAACUUUUGGACAUUGCUGAUCAUAACUAGGAUUUACCUGAUGAAUUAUUUGAAAAUUUAGAAUUGCAAAGAGCUGGUAGCGUUAUUGCAAAUCAUUUAAUUGAUAAGGAAGAAGCUAUUUUUUACUUAAAGAUCAAAACUGGUGAAGGGCAAAAACUGCCUAUUGAUACUUUGAAAGCCCUUAGUUUUGAGUUAACAAACAAACAAACUUUAUCGAUUUUAAGCAACAUAUCAAAAAACAAGCAGGUUAUACCUGAUUACUUGAUAGAUAAAUUAAUACUAGAAUUUGAUUCAAAAUAAAAACAAAAUCAAAUAAUUGAAAUUUUUGCUAGUAUUGCAAAAAAUAAUCAAAAUAUUCCAAGCAAGCUUUUUGCAAAAUUAGAAAAAGUUUUAGAUAAUGAGUUUAUUUCUGAUCAAAUAUUAUCAAUUUUUGCCCUACAAGGGUAAAAAGGUGAAAAGCUAUCAAAAAAUGUCAUAAGUAGGAUAUGUAAUACAAUUUUAAUUAUUAAUAAUGAACCAAUUAAACAAGAAUUAUUAUCUACUAUUAGUUCUAUUAUAGAACAAAACUUGUUUGACAUCUAUCUUAUAAAAAAAGUACUAAUUCAUGGAAUUACACAAGAAAAUAAGAAUAUUAUUGAAAGUAGCAUAAAUGGAUUUAGAAGCUUUGCUAAGUACAUAGAAUUAGAUCAAGAAUGUAUAAAUACUCUUGUAAAAAAGGCUGCUAGAGAAAAUUCUGAUGAAUAUAUUAAAAAAAGUAUUUAUUAAAUAUUAGAUUCUUGUAAGUUAGAUAGUGCUCAGAAACACAAACUGGAACUAGCUAACUUAGAUUUCAACAGUGGUAGUAAAUUUUUAGAUUAAAUAUCCAAACUUUCAAAACAAUCUCCCUUACUAGAACAGAAUUUUAAGCAAUUAAAUUUCAUUAUUGAUAAUCAACCUGAUUUACAAUUCUAAGUAAUACAUAUUUUAAUUGAGUGCUUAAACAAAGAAGAUAUUUCUGAUGAAUUAAUGAACAGUGUAGCAAUUUUAUCUGCUAGUACUACGUCAAAUGAAAUAAAGGGGAAAUGCUAUCAUUUAGUAAAUCGAAUUGCUGUAACUGGUAGAAAAUUAAAUGAUAAAAUAAUAUCAUUAUUAGUAGGUGAAGAAAGUAGAGAAUUAGCAGAAUCUACUUUAGAGCUAGUUGCUAGAAAUCAGGAAAUUUCAUUUCAAGCAAGCCUAUAGUUAAGGAUUGAUAGCAUAAAACCUUCAAUUAGUUCAAAAGAUUUAAAUUAACUACUUUAUGAUAUUGAUCAAGAAAUGAGAAAAGGUUUUGAGUUAACUGAUUUUAAUAUACAAAAACUGUAAAUGAUUCAACUUUUUAAACAAAAAAGUGAAGAUUAUUCUAAUCUAUAAAAACUUUUUAGUAUAUUUGCAUAUAUUUUAAUGAAACAGCCUAAAUAUUGUUCUAAUAAAACAAUUGUUUCUGCUAUAGAACAAGGAAUUUUAUCUAAAAAAGUAAGUAGCAAUAUUAUCAACGUGUAUAAAAAAAUUAUCAGAGAAAGGAGUUACUUAAAUUUAGAUAGGGUAAUCGAUACGCUGGCUGAUUUAUUACAAGAGGGUAACGAAACUGAAAAAUUGAAUUUAGCAAUACUCGGCUGUAUAAGUAGUGCUGCAAAAGUAGCUAAGAUAUCAGAAAAAUGUCUAUCCGUUUUAGAAAGUAAUAUAGAUAGUUUUGAUGAAAAUAUUAGGAGUAUGUCAUUUAGAGGAUUAAGGGCUGCUGACGAUAAAGGUUAUAAGUCAGAAAUAUUUAAAAUAUGGUGUAAUAAUGUUAUUAGUAAUUUGGAACUUAGUAUUAAGACUGAAGUUACACCUGAUCUAGAAUUACUUGAUAUUUUAGCUUCAUUAAAAUACAUAGAUUUCAAUAAACUAGCUUAAACGCCUCAAUUUGAAUGGAAGAGAGAGCUAUUGCUUUCUGAUUUACUAGCAAGAUUUAAAGUAAGUGAAGGAGAGAAAUUUAUCUUUUAUAAAAAUUGGCUAGAUAUUGAACAAAGCAAAUAGUUUCAAAAAGGAAAAUCAGAAGAAAUACUUAAAGCUCUUAUAAGUAACGAAUAUAAUGACAAUCUAUCAUUUGCACAGCUGUGCGAUAUAAUAAGACUUUUAGUAAAUAUUGAUUUUGAAACUGCAAAUAAUAUACUAUAAAAUAGUACUAACCGUUACACAAAUCUAAAACAAAAGUGGAUAGAAGGGUUACUAUUAAAGCACCUACAUCAAGAAAUAAGUAACAACUAUUUAGAAAAACUCGCUUUAAAUAUUUGUAAUAAAUUCAAUACUGCAAUAGUUGAUAAAUUACUAAAUUCCAUAUCUGUUAUAGGAAAUCUAAGAGAAUUUGAAAUUUUUUUGGAUUUUGCUGAAGCUAAUUAAAUCAAAAUUUCUGAUAUAAACAUACAAAAUUCAAGUGUUAAUAAAUUGAAAAGAUCACUAGAGAUAAAACUUUUAUGUAAUCAAAUUCAAGUUCCUGCCGACCGAUAUAAAUUAACUAAUAUACUUGAUAGCCUUUUAGAAACAGGAUGGACUUUUGACCAAUUAAAAGCAAUAUUUAUUAAUCUUAAAUCUUUAAAUACCAUAGAGCGAGUCUUCAAAGAACAAAAGCUUAUUUCUAUAAUUGAAAUUUUACAUCAAUAUAAGAUUUCCAAGACUAAUCAUGAGAAAGUUUUAACUGCGCUAAGUUGUAAACCAGAGGAUUGGUUAAAAGAAAUAAAUAAGAUUGCCAUAGUAAAUAAUUUUCAAACAAUAGGCAAGGUAAAGAAUAGCACUGAACUAGUAGAGGAAUUAAAAAGUAGAAAUUUAUCCAACAAAUCAAUAUAAAAGUUAAUUGAUGAUAAUUUACUUAGUUUAAUAGAAAAAAUUAAAAGCUCUAAAUUAGAAAGUAGAAUUGACUUAAAUUCGGAUUUAGUUUCUAAGAUUUCAAAUUCAAUUUAAGAUUUAGUAAGAGAGGCCAAUCAAAUAAAUACAAGACAUUUAAAACGAUGUAAAUCUGGAUUGAUUAUAGACUGGGACAAAUCUGAUAUAGCAUUAUGGUCUAGUAUUGUUAAAUCUAAUCCUGAUUAUUUUUUAGAUUCUAAUUUUCUUAUUGAAGUACUUGCAGUAAUUAAAAGAGCAAAUUUCUUAGAAACGGGUUUUAAUAUGACAGAUAGCCAAAUUUUGAGUUGUUUGGUUGUGUUAUUUGCUACUCAAGGUCAGGGAAGGCUAUUGCAAGUAGCUACAGGUGAAGGUAAAUCCACAAUUGUUAGCGUGCUUGCUAUUAUCAACGGGUUAAAAGGUAAGAAAGUAGAUAUUAUUACUAGUUCACCAGUACUUGCUGAGCGGGAUGCUAAGGAAAAAACCGGAUUAUAUAAGAUAUUUAGAUUAAGUUGUGCUGAUAAUAAUGACAAAUCAGUUUAUAUUAAAGGAGCUAAAGAUUGCUAUAAAAAAGAUAUAGUGUAUGGCGAAGCAGCACAAUUCUAGUUUGAUAGUCUAAGAGAUGAAUAUAGCUUACUUGAUACACUGGCUAAUAGGAAAUGUGAAGUAGCAAUUGUUGAUGAAGUAGACAGUAUGCUUAUUGAUGAUAGUUCUAAGAUUGCUAGACUUAGUUCUACUAUUGCUGGUAUGGAUCAGCUAUAGCCAGUAUAUCAUUUUCUAUGGCAAAGGCUACUCUCUAUGCAAGAAAAGGUUGUUGAAAUUGAUGGUAAGAUGUAUUUCUUAUAUGGUAAAAUCAGCUAUGACCAAGAUAAGAUUAUAUUAGAAUAUGCAGAUAAAAAAGGAGAAAUCAUAUAAGUCCCUGACCUAAAAAAUUAUGUUAAAUCUAAUAAAGAUAUAAGCAAUAUAGGCCAAUCUAUAGAGGGGGAAAUCGAAACAUAUCUUAAAAAGCAUUUAGAAGAGUACAUAAAAGAAUUAUUUGACCAGAAUGUUAUAAAAAUACCCAGUAAUUUUAAAGAGUUUGUAGAAAAACAAACAUCUAAAUGGAUAAAUAAUGCUAUUGUAGCCUUUAACUAUCAAGAGAAUGUGCAUUAUGUAAUAAAUGAAGGGACAAUAAGACCUGUAGAUUAUAACAGUACUGGAAUUGUCCAAAGUUCUACUAAUUGGAGCGAUGGUCUACAUUAGUUUUUACAGAUUAAGCAUGCUCUAAAAAUGACUUCAGAGACUUUUACAACGAAUUUCUUGUCAAGUAUGGGGUACUUUAAAAGAUAUGGUAGUAAUUUAUUUGGUCUUACUGGUACUCUUGGGUCUAAGAAAGCAAAAGAAGUAUUGUCAAAGGUUUAUAAUGUUGAUCUUAUCAAUGUCCCUAGCCUACGUCAAAAAUAGUACCUUGAGUUAUGUACUGUAGUUGCUGCUAAUUAAACUAAGUGGCUUAAUGAAAUCUGUUCUUCUGCAAUAAAUGAAGCAAAUAAGGAAAGAGGAACUCUAAUUAUUUGCGAAGCGAUAGAGCAUACCAAAAUUAUAGCAGAUAAGCUUAAAUCAGAGUAUAGAGCAGGAGCAAUAAAGCUUUACACAAUGAAUAAUAUGAACCAGGAAAGAGAAAUAGAAAAAAUUAAUCCUGGAGAAAUAAUAAUUGCAACAAAUCUCGCAGGGCGAGGAACUGAUAUCAAAACUGAUGAAAUUGAAAAGAAUGGUGGUAUGCAUGUAAUUGUAACCUUUAUGCCAUCUAAUCAGCGUGUUGAAGAGCAAGCAUUUGGUAGGACUGCAAGACAAGGUAAACGUGGUACUGGUUAGAUGAUAUUAAAUGCUGUUAGCUUAAUGGAAUAUGGAGAAUCUAUUCCACAAACAGCUAAAUAACUAAGGAAUAGCUUUGAAGCAAACGUAUUGGAUGAGUUUUAAAAGAAUGAAUUAGCAAAAAUAGAGAUAAAAGAUAAAUUGUUUAAUAUGUUUUGUUCAUUACUAAAUAAAAUACGUCAAGACAUUAGAGAAGAGAGAGGAGCUUGGAGCAAAUUUAAAGAUAGUGUUAAAGAUAUAGUAACUAGCGUUAUGCCAUCGGUAUACGAGAUUAAUCUUCUAUCAGCUAUUGAAGAAUAAUGGUCUAUGUUUUUACGUAAACUAGAUGAUGACACAAUUCCAAUUAAAAAUGCAGAGAAAGAAUAUAAAAAAUUUUUCACACAAAUUGAAAAAGAUUAUUAAAGUAAAAACGUAAUAAAAAAUCCUUAUUACCAUAUUGCUAUAGCUAAUGAUUUAGUUAUUAAUGAUUCUUCACUGGAUGAUAAAUAUAAUCAGGCAAUGAAUCACUUCGAUCAAGCAAUUAAACUUGAUAAACACUAAAGUGCUGCUGCAUUUGCAGGUAAAGCGUGGUUGUUGUUAAAAGGUAAAGAAAAAUUUUGGACCACAAAUGAUCAAAGCAUAAAUUAUAAAUAACAAGCUCUUAUAGAAUUUGAUAAAGCCUUAGGUGUUUUAAAUGAUGAAAUGGCAUCACUGAAUGCUAUUCAAUGUAUACUAUAACAGAAUAACACAGAUAUUAAAAGUGAUUUAUCUAAGUAGCUAAUCCAAAAGGCAAAUAUUUUAGGUACUUACUCAAGUAGUUUACAAAAUGCUGUUUCUACAAUUAAGAAAUCACAACGGUUAAUAAAUAUAACUGGUAUAAGAAACUACCAAAAUGAGGAUGAAUACAUUGAGAGAGUGAAUGGUAAUAACUCUACUUUGGAGAAAUGUACUGAUUAUAAUACUGAAAUUUCUAAAGUAACAACUUCUUAUUAGGGUAUUGAAAGAAACAGUGAAGGAAAAGCAAACCAAAAACUAGAUGAUCAUAAUGAGUUUGAGGUGGUAUUUAAUGAUCUGACUAUAAGAAAAGAUAUGGGCACUAUAGAUCAAGCUAUUGAAACCAUAUCAAUAGCCUUUUCUAAGCCGGGAAAAUUUUUAAAAUUUUAAACUCUAGAUUCAAAAAGAUAUAAGAGCAUCAGUAUUAAUUUAAGAGAAAUUAAUGCAGAAAGACUAAAAUCUAUGCUAAAUCCUGAUAUUGAAAUCAAGGGAGUAACUAAAGAAGUGGCAAUAGCUCAACUGGAAGAUAAAAGCAAUUUUUUUCAUAGGUAUUUUAUAUUUGAGAGUUGGUAACUUGAUUCUUGUAAGGUUAAUUUAAUUAUUACACUAGAUAAUGAACCAAUCUAAACUCAGAAUAAUCUAUAGGCAAGAGAGGCCAUAAAAAUUAUUAAGAAUUGCAAAAAUGAUAACUUACGUUUUAAUCUGACUUUUGUUAAUGUGAAUGAAAUCUCGAAAUGUUUAGGAAAAGAAGUAUUAUAAAAUACAGUUUUAGACAUUGAAUUUCCAGGAUUAAACUCAAGCACUGCUAAAACUAAACUUAGCGAAAUAAUAAUAUCUAAAAAUCUUAGUCUCGAAAUAACAGGCAGGAAAGAGGAACUGGCAGCAGCAAUUAGUCAACCCAAAAUUAAACUUGUGUAAUUUUUCAAUUAAGAAAAGAAUGCUAACGAAACAGUAUAUGUUCAUGAAGCAAAGAAAAGAAUCAGCCAAAUUAAAGAAAGUAGUUUUAAUAUAAAACUCGAAAAUUUGAAUAGCUCUACUGUAAAUAGCAUUAUAGACUUGUGCCAAAAUGCGAGUUUUAGCAUUACUUUUAUUGCAAUAAACCCUGGAGCAAGCUUAAAAGGAUUAGAUGAAGGGCAAAUAAAUGUAAGCUUUAAUAACUUAGGUGAAUUUGAAGCAACUAAGCUUAUCUCAAAUUUAAGAAAAGAAAAUAUUGAUUUUAGUUUAGCAUUUAAACAUCUAAAUAUUAAGUAGGUAUAUAAGAUAAUCAAACAAGCAUCAUUGGACCAAGAAAAUAUUGAAAUUAGUAAAGUAAAAACUUUGAAUGGUUUAUUCAUGGAUGAAACUAAACCAAUCGUGGAGUUAUAGGAAUUUGCUGCAAGAGGUAUUGAAUAUUUACUGGAAAUUAAUGAAAAAAGAUUUAUUCCUUGGUGGAGUGUUGCAACAGUUGGAGCUCUUGCUGGUAUUUAGAUGGCAGUAGGCGGUUUGUUGACAGCAACAGGAUUUGGGGCUACUGUUGGAAUGGGCUUAUUAACUGAAGGAGCAGCAGAUAUAUUUACUGCUUAUAGGGCUUACAGUACAAGGCAAUUUACUUGGUCAGACUAUAUGAAACAGAAAGCAGUAAGUUUGGUCAUAUCCGCUGUAUCUAUGGGGUAUUAAGUAGCUAAAGAUGCAGGUAAAGGAGUUAAAAAUUUAGUAGUAGGAGUAGGAGAAGAGGUAUUAGAACAGGCUGGUACCAAGGUUGUUACCAAUUGUAAAACAAUAGGUAAUACUUUGAUAAAAAGUGGAAAAAAUUUGAAAAGCUUGGCAUUUAAGCAGGUGGGGGUUGAAACUGGUUAAGCAGCAAUGAGAGAAGGACUUAAUAAAGCUGCCGAUUCUUUGUCUCACUUUGCAUUGGAACAGUUCAAACCACAAAUAUCAGAAUCAAUACAAAAUAAAGUUAAUACUAAGUUCUGCCAGUCAAAUUUAAUGAGUUUGGUGCGCAAGAUGUAUGCAUUAGAUAAUAUAAGUAAAUCACAAAACCUUAGAGGAAAAAUUGAUAGAAUAGUGGCUGAAACUAUCAGUCCAGAACAUAAAUUUUGCCGUAAGUAGUGGGAUUCAAUUGGUGGCCCAUUGUGUAAAGGUAUUUUGUCAGAUCAAAAGAUGUUAGGUAGUCCAUUUAGUAUGGGGAUAAGGAUAUUAGGUACUUUGAACGGUAUGCAUCAGAUUGUAUUUAUCAUUGACAAUGUGCAUGACCAGCUAGUAAAAAAACUCUCUCAAAUUGAUAAAGAAACCUUAUAAAUAGCUUAACUUAUACACAAAUAUUGUCAAAUAGAACAAAAAGAUGCUAGAGAAAUUGUUGAUAUACUAAAAAAAGAAGGUAUUAUAUAGAUCGAGGAAGAAUAAAAUACCACAAGCUGGCUAGAAUAAAGCUACCAUCAUUUAAGUAACGCUACUUAAAAUGAAUUAAGUACUCUAACUUUUUACCUUGAAUAAAUAAACCCUUUAACUUUUGAAACUAACACAGAAGAGUACAGGAGUUAUAAAAUGCCAAAAACUAGCCUUGAUAAGGUGAAUUUUGGUAAUUACAAUCAAUAUAAAAGUAAGAUAUUUAAUUUUUGUUAAUUAUUACAUAUGGGUAUUGUAUCUGUAGAAGUAAAUGAUUUGAGUCAAAUAAAGAAAUCUGUAUCAGAUGCGAUUACUGAACAAAUAAUUAGGAUUACAGAAGGACAAUUAAUUUCACCUUGGAGUAGUUAUGGCAUGGGAGCUCUUACUACUGCUAUAUCAAAAAGAGCUCAACAUUAUCUAUUUGUAAAUAAAGAACAAAAUACAGAUAGUCAAAACAAAUAAAUGCAGGAUGAUAAAGAUAGGUACGACUAACUGGAACAAAAGAAAAAAAAUGGUGAAUUCCUUAGCGAAAAAGAGAAGGAAUUUUUAAAUAACUAUGACCCAUAUAAUACAAUUUCUAAACAGAUUAAUUACAAUGCCAAAGAUUACACCAUUGCAUACAGCCAGUGUGAAAUUAUACAUUAUGCUGAGCAAAAGGCUAAGAAUAGGGCCAAUAAUAAAGAGGUUACUGAAGAAGUAAAAAAUCAUGCUAAAGCAGUAUAGAAAGAUAAACCUGCAGAUUUAGCAGAUAUGUUUUCUAUGGCUGCUCAAAACAACAUAGACCUAAAAUUAGUUGAUGAUCCGAAUUACCAACUAAGUGAGGAAGAUAUAGCAAAAGGUACAAAAGUUGUUGUUUUUAGUAAAGGAAGUAAAAAUAAUGAAGGAAACGACAGUGUUGGACAUUAUCAAUUAUUAGGUUCAGAUGGCAAAUUAGUUGAUAUUAUAACUAAUGGAGAAAAUGACUGUGGGUAUGCUGUUUUUUCACAAUUAACAGGCAAAUCAGUUGAUGCACUUCGUAAUGAGACUGCUCAAGGAAUAGAAGCAAAUUGUGAGAGCUUCUCUAGGACUAUAGAAGCUCAAACCUGGGUUAAAGAUCAUUAUCCUAGAGAGGCUAAUAGCUUACUGUUUGUAGGGGCUGGAUUUUCUGAUGAUGAUAAAAAUUCUGUUUUAUAAAUCGCAAAACUAAUUUAGUAAGGUGUUGAUAUUGCUAAAGAAAAAGUAAGUGAUGCUGUUAAGAUUCUUGCUAAGCAAGUCGCUGAUGUUUGGGAAUGGGCAAAAAAUAAUAAAAUGCUAAUUUUAGAUGUGAGCUUGACUGUUCUUUGUAUUGCUUUUCCUGCAUCUGCUCCUUUGAAAAUGAUUAGCUAUGGUCUUUCGGCAAUAAAAUUGAUUAAAACAGUUAAAGAUGGAUAUGAUAAUUAUAAAAAUGGAGAAAGUGUUGGCAAUGAGAUAGGAAUUGUAGCUGAUAUUGCACUUGAUGCAGCAUGCAAAAUCUUUCCUGCAUGUUUAGUAGCAAAAGCAGGAAGUCUUGGUGUAAAGACUUUUAAACUAUAAGGAACAGUAAAGCGAGGAUAUGAAAAAUAUAAAGGAGGAGAUAGCAUAACUUCAGAAAUUUUUGAAGGACUAUUUUUAACUAUCUAAAUAGCUGGAAGGAUCAUUGAUAUAUACAAUAAUGUUUAAAAAAAAAAUGUAAAUUGGAAUAAAGGUAAGGAUAUACCUCCAAAAGAUAGUUAAACUGUUUCAUAAUAGGAAAUAGAUAAAUUUAAUAAAGAAAUCUAAGAUAAAGUCAAUAAAAAUCGGGAAAAAAACAACUUGCCAAGCAAGUAAGCACAAAAAAUGACUAAGGAAUAAUAUGCAAAAUUUAAAUCAAUGAAUGAAGAUAUUUAAUUAAAAUAUAAAAAGCAUAUAUUAGUACAAGAAGAGUUAAAAAUCACAAUGGAAGAGUAUAAAAAGUUACCUCAAGAAACUAUUAACAAUGGUACUCAUAUGAUAACUGAUAAAUUUAGUGGCAAAACUUAUUACUAUAAUCAAAAUAACGGAGUACUUGCAGUGGUGGGUUCAGAUGGCAAUGUCGUAACUUGCUAUAAGCCUUAGUCUGGAAACUUCGAAGAAAUUUUUGUUAAAAUUAUUAAAAACUACGAAAGUAAGAAUCUCUCUAUUAAUAUUCAUAAAGAAGUUAAAACCAAUUUUCCUAAUAAUAGCUCUUCCAGCAAUCUUUCUACACAAAUUGCUGCUAUGAAUUAGCUGAGUAAUCGUUUAGAAAUCGAAAGCUGCGCUUAAAAAAGUAAUAAAAAAGAGGAAACCAAUAAUAGCAAAUGA